CGUCACUAACCUGUUUUUAUCGGUAAGCGCCCUCUUCCAAGAAUGUUAUUUUUAUUUGUAAAUCCAGAACUUUAGUCUGUUCCACGUGUUUGAUAUUAAAAAUAUGGAAGUUAAUAAAUCUAAAUUAGAAAGCGAUAUCAAAAAGCAGGGCGAUAUUGUUAGAAGUUUGAAGGCUCAGAAAGCACCUAAAGAAAAGAUUGAUGAAGAAGUUUCCAAAUUGUUAGAAUUGAAAGCCUGUUUGAAUGAAGAAGGCCAACAAAAGUUUACUCUUAAGACACCAAAGGGAACAAGAGAUUUUGCUCCUCAGCAAAUGUCAAUAAGAGAAAUUGUUAUUCAGAAAGUAGUUGAAUGCUUUAAAAGACAUGGAGCUGAAACCAUAGACACACCAGUUUUUGAAUUAAAAGAGACUUUAACAGAAAAAUAUGGUGAAGAUAGCAAAUUAAUUUAUGAUCUUGCUGAUCAAGGUGGUGAAAUUUUAUCAUUACGUUAUGAUCUAACUGUUCCUUUUGCACGAUUUCUUGCUAUGAAUAAAAUUACAAAUUUUAAACGCUAUCAUAUUGGAAAAGUAUAUAGAAGAGAUAAACCAUACAUGACUAAAGGAAGAUAUCGAGAAUUUUAUCAAUGUGAUUUUGAUAUUGCUGGUCAGUAUGAUUUAAUGCUUCCUGAUGCAGAAUGUGUUCGAAUAGUUGUUGAAAUUUUGUCUAGUUUGGAUAUUGGCAGUUUUUUGGUCAAGGUAAAUCAUCGCCAAAUACUUGAUGGUAUAUUUGAAGUUUGUGGUGUUCCUUCAGAAAAAUUCAGAACAAUAUGCUCAUCAGUGGAUAAAUUGGAUAAGAUGUCUUGGGAAGAAGUCAGAAAAGAAAUGAUUGAUGAGAAAGGAUUAGAUCCCACAAUUGCAGAUGAAAUUGGUGAAUAUGUCAGUCAACAUGGUGGGCCUGAAUUGAUAGAAGUAUUGCUGAAUAAUGAAAAAUUGACAAAGAAUAAAGCUGCAAAGGAAGGAUUGGAAGCCAUGAAGCAGUUUUUUAUAUAUAGUAACUUAUAUGGUACAGUGAACAAGGUAAUUAUAUACUCUAAUUUUGAUGUUACGGUUCUGUAUUCUCUCAAAACAUUUACCUGUAUUAUAUUUCAAAGCACAAGAAAUUCUGUUAAUUGUACUGGUGACGAUGAUGAUGGAGUUUCAGUUGGAAGUAUUGCUGGGGGUGGACGAUAUGAUAAAUUAGUUGGAAUGUUUGAUUCAAAGCAUAAAAAUGUUCCUUGUGUUGGGAUUAGUCUUGGGAUAGAACGUAUAUUUUCAAUUAUGGAAGCAAAGGCUCAACUUAUUAAUAAAAAAAUCAGAACAACAUGCACUGAAGUUUAUGUUGCAUCUGCCCAAAAGAAGAUGAUUCAAGAAAGAAUGAAAUUGUGCAGAGAGCUUUGGGAUGCAAAUAUAAAAACUGAACAUUCCUAUAAAUUGAAUCCAAAACUUCUUGAUCAGUUACAAUAUUGUGAAGAACAUGCAAUACCUUGGGCUAUUAUCAUUGGUGAAAGUGAGUUGCAAAAAGGAAUUGUAAAGUUACGGCAUGUUUCAACUAGAAAAGAGGUUUGAAUUUGUUUUUAAUAUUAUAUGCAUAGCUUAUCUUAUAAAUCGUUUUCAUUUCAAUUUAUUAUAAAUUAACAGUCUAUCAGUGAAAUAUCAUUAACCUGUGAUCAUAUGUAAUUGUGGUGAUUUUCCAUAUCAUCUAGUUUUUUUUGCAGGCAUUUUUUACUACAUUGACUAACUUAGCUGUAUUUUCAUGAUAUCUUCAUGCAACAUUCUAUCA